CUCGGACAAGGCUGUGGAAAUUGACAUGUUGUACUAGUGCUAAGAGAGAGAGUGGACUCGAUCAUGGAUAACGAGAAGCUUCAACACCUGAAGCAUUUUGUGGAGCUUUGCAAAACCAACCCUUCAAUUUUACAAGAUCCUUCUCUUUCCUUUUUCAAGAACUUUCUCGAAAGCUUGGGUGCUCAAGUUCCUCCAUCUGUUAAAUCUGAAAAAGGUGAAGAGGAAAAUCUUGAUGAAUUAGAUGAGGACAUUAUAGAGUCUGAUGUUGAGUUGGAUAACACUGAUACUGUGGAACCUGAUAAUGAUCCUCCACAACAGAUGGGAGAUUCUUCAAGUGAAGUAACAGAUGAAAAUCGAGAUGCUGCUCAAAUAUCAAAAGCUAAAGCUCUGGAUGCAAUAUCUGAAGGCAAGCUCAAUGAAGCCAUAAAUCAUUUAACUGAAGCUAUUUUGCUGAAUCCAAAUUCUGCAAUAUUAUACGCAACAAGAGCUAAUGUCUUCAUUAAGCUGAAAAAACCCAAUGCCGCGAUCCGUGAUGCUGAUGCUGCUUUAAAGGUCAACCCUGACUCAGCAAAAGGAUACAAAGUGAGGGGUAUGGCUAGAGCAACGUUGGGCUUAUGGAAAGAGGCAGCUAAAGAUCUUCGUGUGGCUUCCAUGAUAGAUUUUGAUGAGGAGAUUGCCGAGAUACUUAAGAAGGUUGAACCUAAUGCUCACAAAAUUGAAGAGCACUGCCGAAAAUAUCAACGACUGCGAGAAGAGAAGCAAUUGAGGAAAAUUGAGCGUGAUAGGCAGCGGCGUCAGGCAGAAGCGAAGGCAGCUUAUGAAAAGAGUAAAAAGAAAGAACAACAAUCUGAACGUGAAGCUUCUGAUCCUGACUCUGCUUCUGCUUUGAAUGAUGGGAAAAUUAUCGGUAUCCAUUCUGUGAGCGAACUAGAGACGAAGUUAAAUGCUGCUUCAAAAGCAUCAUGCCUAGCCAUCCUUUACUUUACUGCGACAUGGUGUGGACCAUGUCGUUUUAUUUCUCCAGUUUAUACAAGCCUGGCUGGGAAAUAUCCAAAAGUGGCAUUUUUGAAGGCUGAUAUUGACGAGGCAAGAGAUGUGGCUUCAAAAUGGAAUGUCAGUAGUGUUCCAGCUUUCUUUUUCAUAAAAGACGGCAAGGAGGUUGACAGGGUAGUAGGUGCUGACAAGAGUUCACUGGAAAAGAAGAUUGCCCAAUAUGCAGGCUAACUUGCAUAUUGAUGGAAUUUGUACAUUAAUCUCUAUUUGCAAAUAGUCUGAUAAAUUGUGAAGUAAAUGCCUUUGUUUGUUGAAACAAAAGGCACAGUUUUUUAACUUUCCUUUGAUGGAGAAGUGUUUUCAAGGUUUACUUAGCACAUUGUUGUCAAAAUUUCAUCUGAUGCAACUUGAUUCAGGGAGACUUCUGUAGUUUCCUGGUUCCCCAAAGUUUCUUUUGAUGAAUCUAAGCUGUUAUUUGAAUAGCUAA